CGCUGUACAUGGCCUGCCAAAUUACUGUCGACAGUCACGACUGUGCAGCACCAUUUAAGCCGGAUUUAAAACCCACACAGGGUCUCUGCAGCUGGUGCUUCGGAUGUCCAAGUACAAAUUGUUUCUGCUGAGGCAUGGGGAGGGGGCCUGGAACAAAGAGAACCGUUUCUGCAGCUGGGUCGACCAAAAGCUCAGCGAAGAUGGGGUGAAGGAGGCCCAGGACAGCGGCAAGCUCCUGAAGGAGCAGGGCUACAAGUUCGACUUAGUAUUCACCUCCAUACUCAGCCGCUCCAUCCAGACAGCAUGGCUGGUGCUGGAAGCUAUGGGUCAGGAGUGGGUCCCCGUGGUUAAGUCAUGGAGACUGAAUGAGCGCCACUAUGGUUCCCUGAUUGGUUUGAACCGAGCAGAGAUGGCUCUACAACAUGGAGAGGAAAAAGUGAAGUUGUGGAGAAGGAGCUAUGACAUCACUCCACCUCUGAUUGAUGAAUCCCACCCUUACUUCCUGGAAAUCUACAAUGACCGCAGGUACACCACUUGUGACGUGCCAAAAGAGAACCUCCCCCGAGCAGAGAGCCUGAAGGAGGUGUUGGACAGGCUGCUUCCAUACUGGGAGAGCACUUUGGUGCCAGAGAUAAGGAAAGGCAGGACUGUGCUCAUUUCUGCUCAUGGAAACAGCUGCAGGGCUCUGCUGAAACACCUGGAAGGUAUAUCGGAUGAGGAUAUUGUCAGCGUGACUUUACCUACAGGGAUACCUGUGCUGCUUGAGCUGGAUGAAAACCUCAAGCCUGUGAAACCUCGACAGCUGUUGGGAGAUCAGGCGAAGAUUCAGGCUGCAAUUAAAAAGGUGGAGGACCAGGGAAAAGCCAAACCGUCAACUUGAAUGCACUAAACUGGCUGUAAGACUUAACAUAGCGCUGUUCUUGUUGCCUAUGUGCACUUUUAAUAGGUACAGUGAAAACCCUUGAAAAGAAUCAAAUAACUCAUUAAGUAACAUCAGACAAUAACAACAACAAUUUGUUGCUAAUAAGAUUUAAUGGAUAGGUGUAAGUCGUACAGUGAAGUUGCUGUAUGUGAAAUAGUGGCCUGACCUGGAUACAGAGUGUGUGUCCCAGGUCAGACUGGUCCGGCAGCGGCCUGAGAAAGUUCAGAGAUGUACUGUAAAUGUUUCAGCACUGUGUUCAGUUGUAUUACGUGUAAGCAUUGAGGGAGCGUUGGGUUUGUGCAACGUAUGUGAUUUUUAAGCUAAUUGUCCACAACUGCCUGUAUUGUGACUUUAUUUAUUUCCUCAUUGACUCUACCCUUGCAGAUUAAUAGUAAUGUGGUGAAGAUGAAAAACCUAGAAAUACGAAAGAACAAAAACUCCUUUCUAAAAGAUGCUUUUCUGUUACAUUUACAAGCUCUAGGAAUAUUCUCCUGCAUUUAAACAUGUGCCUUCAGUAUUAACUCAGCUAUUUCCGCGCAUCAGACAGGUCUUGCAGUGAUUUCCUUUAAGAAUAAAAGCACUCUGUUAACAAAUCUUACCUCAUAGAAAUUGAGAGCCAGGCUAUUCAUUCCAAGAAUGGGGUAACUGUGAGCCACAGAAAUGCUGUAAAUAUGCAAAACCACUGCAAUCCUCUACUGGUCAACAAUUAUGAGUCACUCAUACUUUUAAAUGGCCUAUUCAGUUAGAGUUAAGACAGCUGAAGUUGUUUUUCUAUGAGGUUUAUACCAGUACAUUAACUCUGGCUAGGCUAGGUUGAGUUUAAAACACUGUGGCCUACAACCAUGGCCAUCUGGUUUAUGCUUUGCACUUUUGGGGGGAUAUUAUGAGGAUUUUUUAAAUGUAUCCCCUUCUCAAUUAAAUUCGAACAACUGUGAAUGGUAAAUACCAUUAUUUUUGGAUAAAUGUGAAAAAGUUCUAUUGUAAAAUACGAGCACUACUUUCAUUUUCAUUUUCAGUUCUAAAUUAUUAUCAUACAUGUGCAUUUGAUGUUGCUUAUGUAAUGUUAAUAACAUGAGUGAAAAUGUUACAAGCUACUCUUGAGUCUGCACAUUACAUUAUGUCUCAUAUAGCAGUACUACCUUACAUGUCGUCUUAUGUUACUACUGUGUGUGGGACAGGCUACUUCAUUGUACUGUAUGUUGUGUUGUGUCUCUUGUUUGAUGUACCACACUGUGCUCGUGUCUGUCCCCUGUCUUCCCAGUUUGUUUCUUGUGUUUCUCUGAUACUGUUAUUUUGUACACUGGUAUUUAAUGUCUUCCCUGCUGUUCACAGCGUAUG